AGGAUUCUUAGCUGCACGCACUCCACACAUGGGAUCCAUUUUGGGGCUCUCGGGGGUCUCGCUUCGCUUGCCCCCAACCUGAAGGGAGUUAAGAUAGCCUAUUCCCCUGUUCCAAGCACCAUAGAGCGCGGGGUCACGCCAGAACAGAACAACCCACACGAGACAUGUCAAAACAUACGUUGUAGACAAAGAUAAUAGACGAAUGCUAUUAUUCUUUUUAGAUCUUAGAUAUCAUUUCUGUCAGAGCUUUGCCGACGAACGGCACGGGGAUGUGUGGGAUGCAAGUUGAUUCAGCCCUCUCAUCCCAUCUCCUACUCGAAGGAAGCGUGGGACUCUUUUGACUGCUGCAUGUUCUCCCAGCCAAUCACCAGCUCUCCACGCCCUUUUGUCUUCCCUUCCCUCCCGUCAGCUCUAUUUCGCGUUUCCGGCCAGUCCACAUGUCCUCCCGUGCCAAUCGCUCUCUUGGGGGCAACUCUGCUGUGUAAAUCGCCAAACGUUUAUCCGACCAUGUGCCGUCCGCGUGUCCGGCUUCGGCCCAGCUACUCUCCCACAGCCAUCAUCAUGACAGCUGCACUGCGCUUCCCGGCCGGUUGAUCGACUAUGAGCAACAUGUCAUAGAUUCUCUUUCGCCAUCCCAUCCAGUGCAUCAAUCAUGCAUAGCUCACCAACAUUCCGCCGCCCGCAUAGUGCUUUUUGAACAAAGUCUUGUCCGCUAUGAAUUGGCAGUCUUGGUAUUCCGAUGUUGCUCCACUUGUCUUUCCGAUCCCUCGGCCGGUUGGCUCUCAGUGCUCGUGUGUUCCGUGAGAUGCGAAUCGGAUCUGCGCUUGAGGAUCUGGCCAAUGGGAGAUAGGUUGUACCUAUUGCUUUUACCAAUGUGUAUUUAGUUAUGGUAUGCUGAGUCUAAUCUUUAUAUGGAUCGC